AUGUCAAGUAACGGGUCAUCGAGCAAAGAGUCAACAAAUCCAAUAAAUAUUCCAGAAAAUACAACUCGUCGGAGACGUGGAUCAGGAACCCAUUCUGGUUUGGGCCACUCUCUCGCUGAAACUUGGCAAGAAUGGACAGGAAACUAUGGCCAGACUGCUAGCACCUACAUGUCCUGUAAUAUGGUGGUGCCAACAUCUUUUGUUGGUGAAAACCCUGAGCAAGGUGUUACGGGCUCACAAUACUCGUCCAUAAUAUCUAAUCAAUAUUACUUUUCUCCACAAACCUAUCAAUCUACUUCACAUCUCCCUGGAUCUCACUAUGAGUCGAAUUUGAUGUCGAUCAGUGAAAGUUUGCAUGAACAAGGCGAUCUCCUAGGGUCAUCAUAUGCAAGCAAUAUAUUGAGGAAUUCAUCCGUGGAUACUGGCAAAAAAAAACCAUUAAAAAUCGCUGAUGCUGAACGCACACCUCUUGUAAAAACUUCAAGGACCUCACUUAAACCUGUGGCAUCCAUACAUGAAUUUCCUAUAACUGUCGGAUCAAAUUUCAGGCAAUCUGUCUUUAAUUCCUGCAAUAUCUUAAUAGGUAUUGGAAUUCUUGCACUGCCUUUCGGAUUUAAAUAUGCGGGAUGGGUGAUAGGGUUAUUGUUAUUCUUUUUCUGCUUGGGUGUUACGAAUUAUACCGCAAAAUUAUUGGCAAAAUGUUUGGAAUACGACGUGAGACUUUGCACUUAUGCUGACAUGGGUGCAAUUGCAUUUGGUGAACGUACAAGACUUUUCAUAUCAACUUUAUUUUCGCUUGAAUUAAUAGCCUCUGCCACGGCAUUAGUAAUCCUUGUUGGUGAUUCUCUACACGAAAUCUUUCCUGAUACAUCUAUUAUUACCUUAAAAGUUAUUGCUUGGUCGGUAAUGACUCCAUUAACAUUGAUCGCAAUACGUUAUCUCUCAUAUUUCUCAUUACUUGGAAUACUGUCUGCCACAACUUUGGUAUCAGUGGUGAUCUUUGAUGGACUUACAAAAUUUGAACGACCCGGAAGUUUAUUCGAUCCCAUGCCAACAGAAAUAUGGCCACCUUCUUUGUGGACAUUGCCUAUUAGCUUUGGACUAAUUAUGGCUGGAUUUACUGGUCAUGCUGUCUUUCCAACGGUAUACCGUGACAUGCAAAGGCCAGAAAAAUAUCCAAGAAUGGUAAACUUAACUUAUAAAUGGACCUCAGUAGUCUACAUUCUUAUGGCCGUAUGCGGUUAUAUGAUGUUUGGCAAUAUUACAAAACAAGAAGUCACGCAAAACAUAAUGCAAACUCCUGGCUAUUUGAAACUUCUUAAUGAAUUCGUAAUAUGGCUUGUGGCAAUAAACCCAAUUGCAAAAUAUGCUCUCACAUUGAACCCCAUAAAUUUAACUUUAGAAAUAUAUUAUCAUUCUAUUCCCUGGAUAGAAAGUUGGCUUAACUCGGGCCGUGGUCGUCGAACAGGAUUGCGUGCUGUCACACGUAUAUUAGUGUCAUCAAUAGUCGUAUUGAUUGCAAUCCAAUUCCCUGAAUUUGAAAGGGUUAUGGGUGUAUUAGGAAGCUUUUUUUCAUUCAUGAUUUCUGCUAUCUUCCCUUGUGUUUGUCAUUUAAAGUUAUAUGGACAUGAAUUAAGUUGGAAAGAGUGGUUGUUGAAUUGG